AUGUUCGCCAUCCCUCAGGCAACGACCACCAACGAUGAAGGAGCACAACCACGGGAGGGAGAGUGUUUCGAUUGCCCUAUCGUACUAGAAGGAUACAAGUCCAUUGACUUCGAACGCCUUCUUUUGUUGCUUUAUCCAAGUGGAAUUUCGGGUGACCCCGUCGCCCUCAAUACCAAGGAGGAAUGGAUCAGUGUUCUCAGACUUGCUACGGUGUGGGAGAUGGGGCAGAUAAGAGAUUUAGCGAUCUCGAAACUAACCCUGGCAUCCAUGACACCCGCCGAGAGAAUUCGCCUAUCCAGAGAAUAUCGAGUCGCCUCUUGGUUCACUCGUGGUGUCAAAGAGCUCGCCGACUCUCCGCUCUUCCCAGGCGCUACCCCGAUCGACGAAAUCGCAAGCGAGAUAGGAUGGGAGACGACGGCUCGGAUUAUGGCCUUGAUCAGCAGUCACCAAAUGGCCACAGGAGAGAAGAUUCUCCCCACGACUGGGAGUGUCAAGGUUCCAUUGACAAGUAUCUUCUGUAGACGAAGUGAAUGUGGUCGAACCCCUGCAGACAAGCGCUCCUGUCCUCUGAAUCACAAGGACCUCCGAGUCUCAGCUACCACAACGUCAUCCGCUCUUGCACCCCCACAAGCACCAUCUCUCUUUGGAACCUCAUCUACUACUCGCCAACCGGCGCAAUCAUCCACUUUUGGAAUGUCGGCUACCGCCACCAACCAACCAGCGUCAUCGUCUCUUUUUGGAGCCACAACUACCGUCAGCCAAUCAUCCUUUAUGGGAUCAACAAACCCGGCUCCGUUGUUUACCUUCGGUGGGGGAAGUAGCUCGAUAAAAACAGCAGCCGGCCAGAAUUUUCCCCCUAAACAGACAAAGAACGAAGAUACAGGAUCUAGAGAGUGCGAGAUCCACUGGUCCUCUCUAAAGAGCCAGAUACCAGGACAAGUCCGCCGCAGCAUCCCAGACAGCACCGUAGAAGCCAUGUUUGCUAAUGAGCUCAAAGCUCUUCGUUGA